ACCCUUCCACUUGAACAAAAGAGUGAGUUAGCUAAUUGCUACCAACUGAGUAGGGUUUAAGACAAUGCGAACCUCCAUGGGCACGCUUUCAAGGACCCUUCAUCGCUCUCUACUAUCCACCCUCAAUCCCAACCACCACCUUCCACGGCACUUCUCCACCACCCUCCUCUCCGACUCCGAAGACUCCCCCCACGGCGGCGACUCACCAUCCCCUCCACCCUCACAAACCGAAAGGACCAUCUUCGAUCGACCCCUCGAGAAUGGCCUCGACGUCGGCAUUUACAGGGCUAUACUGGUUGGGAAGGUUGGGCAGACCCCAUUGCAGAAGAAGCUGAAGAGUGGAACGGUGGUGACUCUUCUCUCGCUCGGGACCGGAGGCAUUCGCAACAAUCGGAGGCCGUUGGAUAAUGAGAGCCCGAGGGACUAUGCAAAUCGCUGUGCUGUUCAGUGGCAUCGGGUUACCAUUUAUCCUGAGAGAUUGGGAACCCUUGUCAUGAAACAUGCUACUCCUGGCUCGACCUUGUAUGUGGAGGGGAACUUGGAGAGUAAGGUUUUCUCGGAUCCGACGACUGGUCUUGUACGUCGAAUCAGAGAAGUUUCUGUUCGUAGAAAUGGUCGCGUUGUAUUUUUAGGUCAAGGUGGUGAUGCUGAUGCUGAUACACAACAAAAUGACCUGAAAGCUGUUGGCUAUUACUAGCAUAGAUUCUUCAAAUGGGAUUCAGUUGGCAAUGGAGAAUUUUUCGAUUUUGUAAUUAUAAUCUAUUUUUUUUAACGCUCGAGUUGGAAUCAUUUACAUAGGCAUUUGUCAUGAUGGAAACUCUAGGUUGGAGUGAUAUUGUCUUGCUCUGUGAAAUUAUUCAGGGUAUGUAUUACUCCACCUUCCUGAUUAUGUAAACUUGGUGAUAGUGAGUGUUUCCGUUCAGCUUUAAAUUGGAGGAAUAAUUAUUUUAUGCUCUUUAAGUCAAAGUGACGAUCUAAUUCUCUGA